GUUGCAAGCCGUGCAAAAUUUUCGAUUUUCUCUCCAAUUUUGGUCGAUUUAGCCAAAUUUUAGGUGAUUAAAUCACCAGAAACACCAAGAUGAGCCACAGGGUGGUAGGUGGCAGAAGGCGCACCGCCUCGGAUGGCGAUAUUUUGGACUGUGAGGUCGAUGAAGCGGAGUUAUAUGGCGAUGAAAGUCCACUUACUUCCCGGUCUUCCGUAAACAAACAUGACAAAUCUGGCCCUGCAAAAUUUGUUGACAAGUCAAAUGCUGCCAUCAGAAACAGUACUUCAGAGUUGGAUUCUGACUUUAAUACCAAAGGUGAAAAGAAGAUUAAGGGCUCAAAAAAGCAUCGCCUGAGAACAUUUGGAAGUUUCAUGCAUAAAGCUGUGAGAUCUUUUGUGUCAAAUGGACCGAGGCGAUCCAGUAGCAUGAAAGAAAAGCUGCAACGGGAUGAUGAAAGUCCUAGUCAAAAAGAUGAUCACCUUGAAGAUCAAAAAGGCCCUAGUAUUACCAAGAAAACAGCAGCUGCAAACCGUCCAGUUCAUAAAAAAAAUCUUCUAAAUAACAUUUAUGGGAACAAAGUUCCAGGAAUUGAAGGAUUGAGAAACCAUGGAAAUACCUGUUUCAUGAAUGCUGUCUUGCAAUGUCUGGGGCAUACAGAUAUUCUAGCAGAAUAUUUUGUCACUGAUCAGUACAAAGCAGACAUUUCCCGCGGUGACAAGUCCAAUGCAAAGAAGUUUGGUUCCAAAGGAGAGGUUACAGAACAUUUAGCAGUGUUGUUAAAAAGUCUGUGGUCCUGCCAGUAUACGCCAGAGAUAUCCAGUGAUUUCAAGAGUGUGGUUGGGAAGUAUGGAAGUCAGUACCGUGGUGGUGGCCAACAUGAUGCUCAGGAGUUCUUCUUGUGGUUAUUGGAUAAAGUCCAUGAAGACCUCAAUACUGCCGCCAAGAAGAAGUACAGAGCUAACAAGAGUAGUCAUGGUCGCUCAGAUGACCUCGUGGCCGCGGAAGCCCUUGCCAACCACAUGCGUAACAAUAACAGCUUUGUCUAUGAUCUCUUCCAAGCGUUGUACCGCUCCUCCCUCCACUGUCCACGCUGUGAGGGCGAGAGCAACACGUUUGACCCUUUCCUUUGCGUCUCUCUGCCGAUCCCUCAGAAAAAGUACCGUCCCGUGUUUGUCACCGUUGUUUACCUCGACGCGCAACCGAAGCAGGUUCGGAUUGGCCUCAUGAUGGAGUGGCUGGAUAGGGUCAAGGAUCUUCGAACGAAGCUAGCAGAAGAUACAGGCAUCCCAGCAAAACAGCUUAUGUUAACUGAGAUCUGCUAUGACGGUUUCCAUCGGACAUUCCGGGACAACCAGCCUCUCAGUGACAUCCAUGAGACAGACGGCGUAUUUGCCAUCCAAAUGCCUGUACCGUACAUUGAGACUUUGAAGGCCAAUCAGUAUCCAGAACAAGAUUAUAUCGUCAUCGUCCUGCUGAACAAAGUUGGUGUCGGUCCUAAGAGUAGAAAGUUCGGCUACCCAAUAGUGAUGCAGCUCCCACGCGACUCCACUUUCGUGGAAGUGGAAGACGCCAUCCUGCGGCACAUGAAGGACCAGGUGAAACCAGGGAUACUGCAGCAAGAGAUCGGUGCAAUCAUGAAGCUGAAAGCGAUUGAUGAUAUAUCAGGCAAAUGCUACCUUCCCACAGAUGUUGAGUGCCCGCUGUACACAGAAGCAGUUGAUAGAGCUUUGAGUUUCUGCACGUUUGACGGUUUGAUGACACAUAUCAAGUUGGUCGCUGAGUGGGAUCCAGAAAUGAAACAGAAGUUGCUAGGAGAUGUGACUGAUUUCAUAGAGGAGCACGUGAGUGUACGACAGGCCAAGCAGUCGCAACUCUCGCCAGUCCUCUCCACCCUUGAGGAAUGUUUCGAGCUGUAUACGAAGGAAGAGAAGCUUGGCCCGGAUGAUUCGUGGAUUUGUUCCAAAUGUCAGAGAAGGCAACAGGGAACUAUCAAGAGCCUGAAUCUGUGGUCACUCCCUGAUAUUCUGGUCAUCCACUUGAAACGUUUCAAGCAGAUUGGUUCACGGCGAACCAAAUUGAACAACCUUGUGAGUUUUCCUGUGCAGGGUCUCGAAAUGAGCCAAUACAAUGGAAAGAGGGGCACGGACUCGAAGAUGAUGGAUAUGUACCUGUCAUUCUCGCCAUGGAGACGACAACGGUUGACCACACCAACGGACGAUGACUCAGUGUAUGACUUGUACGCUGUUUGUAAUCACUAUGGCAACAUGGUUGGCGGACAUUACACAGCCUUCUGCAAAAACCCAUACGACGACCAGUGGUACUCAUUCGACGACACGAAGGUUACGCCCCUACAGGAAGAUCAGAUCAUCACACGGAAUGCUUAUAUGUUGUUUUACCAGCGGCGCUCCCUAGUGGGGUUGAGUUCGUCCAGUGGCUCAUCAGCCAGCUCAAUAGAAGGGCACUGGUUAAUGCGAAUGGUGCCAUUCAAAUACUCACCCAGCCCGCCCAGUAAACUCCUGAGUAAGUCUGAGGAGACGUUGUUAGAUGAACCUGUGAAGGAUUCGGAACCCACCAAGGUCGUUGACACAACAAAACAAACCCUACGGAAUAUAUCAUCAUACGGUUCAUUGAAUCGUGGAGCAAAGCUGCCACCGACACCGACAAAACCAACUCCAAUUAAAAAUACUCCUGUGAAAUCACAUUCGUUCGUUCGUCGUGGUAGUCGAUACCUGAGAAAGAGUCUUGAUCCACCCACCUCUAGUCCUCCGGCAGAACGAUCAUUGAGUUAUAGCGGUCAGUCUUACUGGCAAUCGCAUGUCAUCCCAGGUUGGAAUUCCCCUGAUUCAUCUGUGUUCGGUGAUAGUGCGCCUCAGACCCCAGCUUCUAAUCGUCUCUCUGCAGAGACGAGGAAAAUUGAGGACGGUCCGUUGAUGAAGAUGCCCAAGUCACCAAAACCGUGCCUGAAAUCAAGAUCAAAAUCGGAAGGAUCCGAAGUUGCCGACUCUGAGAAAAAUGCGGAUGCGAGGAACAUCGCAUUCAUUCCCGUAUCAGAUAUUCCACUGCCAUCAUCUUCCCAGGUUGUGCGUCCAAAAACUCCUAAUGCCUUACAUGUUCAUUUCAACGAGCGGGUUUCAGUUGCAGUAAGAGCAAAAUCACCAUCGCCUUUGAAACCGCUAGACAAUCGCCAAUCACCAUCUGUGUCUGCACCAUCCAAAACAUCAGGCAGUUCAACUGCUGCUGCUAAAACAGCUGUUGCCAUGGAUAGGAGCCCUCCCACCCCAGCUGCUGUUAUCGUAAAUAGGAUCCCUCCCACCCCAACAGCUGCUAUUGUAAAUAGAAUCCCUCCUACUACAGCGAAGAGUGCCAUCCAUAGGGGUCGCUCAUUUUCAAAUGCCUCUAGAACUUCUGACCCAAGUGGUACUCAAUCUCUCAGUAAUCGUGGUGCAAAACCAAAAGAGCCUAGCCCCUCUGGUGGUGCAGAAAGGAAAGACGAUCCCGAUUCACCAGACUUUGACUUUGUUUUAUCUGAGACGUGUGUGUGAAUGCAGAACAGCCAGGCCCGAUUGCUCAAACGUUGGCUUGAAGUCCUUACGUUACUAUUGUAAAUGUAAUACUUACUGAUGGAGAUUAAACGUAUAGUUUAGCUUGUGCUGUUCGUUUCUUAAAUGCUGAUUGGGCAACUUGGCCCAGGUCUACACACCCUCAGAUAUCCAGAAAGGUUGUGCCAUUUUGAUGUUAUCUCUUUUUGAAACAGUUGGAGAGCCCGAGUAUAGAGGGCAGUGUUGCUAAAUCCUACUUCUGCUGUUUCAUCCAUUGGGAGCCCUGUUUGCUUUACCUUUGGGACACUUGCUUUGCUUUAAGCUUAAAAACCCCAAGAAUUUGACGAUCACCUCUGUUAAGGAUACAAUUCUGCUAAAUAUGUGCUGUAGAAGCUUGAUUCUCUCCGAUGAUGUAUUGUGUAUAUAUGUAUAUAAAAAGACGAGUGAUGUACAGAGUACAGAUAGAUGUUGAUGUACGUGAUAUAUGUACAUUUAAUGUACUUCUAUAUAAAAAUAUGGUUUCAAAAGGUUUAUUAGUUCUAUACUCAAUUACUGUUUAUUCUGGAAAUUUGGUUGCUAAUGCAACAUAAACAUUUUGUGUCCUCAUCUUAUGUGAAAAAAGCUGAUAAUUGUUAGUUGGGAGGAACGAUUUGUAACUUGCUUUGGUACUGGUGUGAUUGUUCUUCAUUAUAAGCAGUCGAUAGAUAUCUAACCUUUGUGCUUCUUUGUUCUGCAAACAACUUGUGCCGUCAUGAACUAAUCAAAUUGAAAGCAUCACACAAAUGUGAGAGAAAAAAAAUUGCUGCAAUAUUUUGGAAAUCAAGACUUUUGCAUAGUUAAACUUCAUUUACAAAUUUAAAUCUGCCAUAGUUUUCAUUGAUGCAAUCAAUAAGCAUUAAAUGCUAGUGUAAAAAUAUUUUUUUGGUUCGGUUUUGAUUUUUUGAAUGGGAUGGGGUACGCAUCGCCAAAUGAAAUGUGUGGAUGUUCAGUAUAAAGAAGGAGAAACUGAAGCCAUCUAUACACUGUUGAAGAACUAUCAAAUUUGGUCCAAUGUUUUGGCAUUGACUCCACUGUAAGAUGACUCCUGACUGAUUUUUCAGGAUUUUGUGGUCCACAAGCACUGCCUGUAGUGUAUUGUUUUGGUUUGCUUAUAAAAAGUGUAUUAUAUUUAUACCAGAUUUUUCCAUAGGCAGACGUAGAUGAGAAUAUCAGGGUUCAGAAUAACGUCCUGUAGAAAGUGUAGCUGUAAAUACCCAAUAUGGGUUCAGUCCAUGGAGGGUUCACCUUUGUCUCCAGAGAGACCAGUAUUGAAGAAGUAGCUAAAAAACUAACUCCGUUCUGAUAUAUCUGUUAAAAAAAUCGUUGAUGGCAAUCAAAAGUUAAUGUUAGAGAAUAUCAUUAAUUACAGCAGGAGUUAUGGCCUUGCGGGCCAAAAUGUAGAUACAGAGUUUAUAGAGAGCAGUGCAGAGCUGCAUUGGAAAGUGUACACAAACAGUCUGUAAACUCUCGGUGUACACUUUCUGAUGAGUAUCUUCAGCACCCUAUGUACAGCAACACAGCAGCUAGUGCAUUCCAUUCAGUAACUCCAUAUUGUGUUGUAUUUGUGAAAGUUUCGUCCAUGUAUCUCUGAGGCUAAAUCAAUUUAGAAAGUUGGAUAGUAAAGGGUGAAGAACCUCCUCUUUGUGUGUGUUGGGGGGGGGGGGGGGCUGACAGAAAAGGAGAGGUAGUGGGCCCCACCGGUUUACAUAUUUGAUAAUUGUUGUGCCAAAUACCUUUGGAUCACAAUUAAGAAAUGUUGGUUAAAUACAUGUAUACCAAUUUGAUACUUUAGUUAUGUAAUAUUUGUCCAAGACUGUAAGCAGUAAAUUAACAUGGUGAAGGGAAGCAUGCUUUGUGUCGGUGCAAGACUUCGAACUGUUGCUCUGUUGCUCACUUUUGGUAAUCAAAUAGUUUUGGCAUUAAGUGUGAGAAUGUGUAAUACAACAUAUUUCUAAAGUCCGUUGUUUGCAACUUGUCAAAAUGAUUGUGCCAGGAACUGAUAUUUAGAGAGAAAAAAAGGGUAAAGGGUUAAUAUUAUGAAUUGUCCUAAAUAUUAAAGCAAAAAAACUGACAUCAGCCAAUCAAUUUAAAGUUUUCUUGGUUCUGAACUUCAUGUAUAUGUUGAACAAAAGUGAUGCUCUUUCUCUUUUCGCCCGAAUCGGGAGUGAAAUUUUGUCAUUUGUUGAAAUUGUCACCUCCACUUGGUGCAGCCUGUCCUAUAGUAAUUGGUAUUGAAUAAUUGUUAUUGUACAAAGUAAUUAUAAAUAUGAAUAAAUCGGCAUUUUACUGACAUAUAUUUACAAUAAAUUUAA